UCUAAACCCGAACCGUUUCUCGCAGAAGCUAAACCGCCAUGUCCAGGAGACGCUGCUACUUCCGGUGCAAAGGUAAAGGUAAGUUCCCGCUGUACAACCUGCCGAAGGAGGACGCGCUGAAGAAGCAGUGGCUCAGGUUCAUCUUCUCCAGGAUCCCGCAGGGUCACCUGCCGAACCUCUUCCUGUGCUCCCUGCACUUCACCGAGGACUGCUUCGUGAACCGGCCCCAGUUCGACGCCGGGUUCUGUCAGCGGCUGGUCCUGAAGGACGGCUCGGUCCCCACCCUGGGCCGCCCCGGAGAGGAUUCAGGACCGGAACCGGCUGACGCCGCCUGUCGAAUCUUUCCUUCUGUGAGACACGUCGCCUCCCAGACCGACCCCCCCGAGACCAGAUCGGUCGGCACGCAGCUGAUCAUGAAGGCUCCCGUCCGGAGUACAGCCACCCAGGCGACGGCGCCCAGCAGAGACCGCGGCGUGUGCACCCCCACCUUCCCCCUGGACAGCCCGUUACUGUUCCUGCAACCAACGGUGGUGAAGAGACGUCGACUUAAAGAGGAGCAGGAGGAGCAGGAGGAGGAGGAGGCCCCUUUAGAGCGGGCCGAAGGAGGCUCAGGAGGAGCCGCAGGACUCGACGUGACUCUGACGCCCUCGUGGGUCAGCAGCUGAUCAAGAGGGCCGUCUACACGAACACGGGUAUUUUUAAAACCGUGACUUUUUCCACGCGGCCACAGAAACGCAGCAUGAGGUCACUGACGUUUCUGAAAACUCCUGCCAGGAUGCAGAUUUUUGGAAGCUCCGGUUGCAGCGUUGUCGAGUAGACAGUCGGCGUCAGAGCGCACGCCACUGCCUGCUUCGUUUACAAGUUUAUUAGGCUCUGAUUGGCCGACGUGGCUUUAAGGUUAGGGUCAUAUCGCUGCCCCGUGGUUUGGCGUGCUCUUGGCACCGCUUGAUAGCGUGUUUUGUGUUUUCAUGUCGACAGGAGGGCUGGGCUGAUACAGUUUUAACCUUUUUUAUUUUAUAUAAUGUAUUUAUUACGUGUAAUUUGAAAGUUGUGAACUAAUUUGGAUGUUUACAAAAGUUCAUAAUAAACCAGCAGCAAUUUAA